CCAGACAAGAUUACUGUGCUGGGAACCAAAAUCAUUUCAUGCCACUUCAUGCGAUAUACCUGAGCUAUUUUGUUGGUGUUGCCGCUGUUAGGAUCCGAUAAGUGAUCACAACCGAAACCAUGAAGAUCUGUACCAUCGUAACUGCUCUGCUCCUUGGCAUCACUGGAGAGGCAACUGCCCAUAAAGACUUUCGAGGUGAUCUGUACGAAACCUUGUUUUCGAACUACACCAAGAGUUUUCUACCCCACCCUGAUGAGUCACACAACGUGAAUAUAUCAAUAGAUCUCGAGCUCUUACAAAAACUGGAUUUAUUUCAAGGGACUAUGCACAUGAACGUUUGGCGAACAUUGGUGUAUAAAGAUGAACGUUUGACUUGGAACCCAGCAGAUUUUGGUAAUAUUCGCAGAUUCCACGUCUCCUCCUCAGUAGUCUGGGUUCCUGACAUCAGUAUCUGGAACAGUGCUUCCAAUGAGCCCAGCAUUGAUCAUUCCGAGGCCAUCAUCUACCCUGACGGGACCAUCUACUUGGUCGUACCGAUGUUCGUCGACGCUUCGUGCGGACUCGAUCUCAGUGACUUCCCCUACGAUUCUCACAACUGCAGCCUCACUUUUGGUUCUUGGACCAACGACAACUCGCGGAUAGUCUUUGACACGAGGUCAACCGGUGUGGGUCUGAGUCAUUUCUCGGAUAACCCGAUGUGGCACAUCGUAGAAACAUCGGUGCAGAAACACGCGAUCGUUUACGCCUGCUGCGAGGAGGUGUACGAAGAUGUCACGUUCUACAUCACGAUCAGCCGCCGGGAGAGCCACGGUCGCAUCGGUCCCGCCGUUGUCAGCGUCUGGUUGAUUCUCGCCGUCUUCCUCAUGCAGCCGUCGAAGGGAGGAGAACGUAUCAUCUUCGCAGGCCUGGUAUUUGUGUCGCUCAUCGUCCUCAAUGCGGCUCUCAGCGCCGAGGUGCCGGCGUACUCUGUGACCAGGCUGGGGAGGUUCCUUCUGGCUGGGAUGUUGAUUAACAGCAUCGUCGUCGUCAUCAACGCCAUCAUCUACCGGUUCUACCCCGCAGAGCAGCAAGGGACGACGAAGUCCAGCUUCAGUGCGCCCCGUGUCUUCUUCCUCCUCGACGUCGCAGUCGCUCUCAUUCUCUUCGUUGUCCUCACUAUCUUAACCGGCGCUCUAUUUUCCUAACGACAUCAUCGUGAACCGGAUAAAAUCAUUGUAUUUUUAUGAAAAAUAAAUGAGGUUUAAACAACUCCAGAUUUGGAAUAUUGGACUUUAAUGUGCUUAAUUAUAUAAGACAGGUAUACUUCAUAGAAGUUAGAGGCCUGCAAAAUUAUGUGUGAUCAUUGCAUGCAGUGUCAUUUCAUUAACAGGAAAUUUGGUCUUUUAUUAUCUUUUUUUCUUCAAGUUUUCAUUUGGAUCAUUCCACGACUUCACAGUCUUCGUUAAUUCUUAUUGUAAGACAUGACGAGCCUUCUCAAAUUCCUUCCACAGCGUAAUCACACGACCUGCCUGGGACCCGUUUCACAAAGCCUUUUUUUCGAUGACAAGUGGCAAAAAUCAGUGACAAAUCUGCUGAUAACGAAUUACAAGCUAGAAGUUCACUAGCUUAUAACUUUGAAGCUGUCAUUUGUCACUGAUGACAAGUUUUGUGAAAUGGGGCCCUGGACUCAAAUUUAUUGUUACGUCCACAGCAUACUGGCUAUUCAUGCGGGGAUAAUAAGGCUUCAAAGUCCUUUGUAAGCACAGAGAGACCUCAGGGGGCGACGAUAAUUAUUAUGUAAUGAUACAAAAGUCGGUUUUUAACAUUUAUUGGUUUCCGAAAUUGUGUUUCAACUCCUAGACAAGUUUUUCCUGAUAGUGGAUUAAAUUAAAUUGUGUUCUGUAUAUCUUUAUAGCUUUCAAAAUGGUCAUAUCCUCGAGCACUUCAAUUGUUUCGGGAAGCCUUGUUGAUCAAUGUUUUUAUUUUUUAUUUUUUAAUGUAGGUUAAUGUUUUACAGUUUAAAAUUGAACGUGUACUAUAGCCACUGCACAAUAUUAAUUUUGUUAUUAUGUAUUUUAAAGAAAUAUUUUUAUCUAUAGGCCUACCUACUUUCUAAGAACACAGUGUCAUCCAUAUUCUGGCGUUAUUGUAGUAAGGAUUUUAAUUCAAAUAAAAAUACUUUUAAAGAAUUACAUUUCUUAUAUUGUUUGUUUUCAGACUAUAUAACAACGUGUGACUGUGAUGCAACAGAGAGUUGUGUUUAACCACAUUAAAGGGACAGUUGAGUUCUUGUUUCAGACUCCAAA